ACAUCGAAAAAAUUUGAUGGUUGUUAGUUGAUAAAGGUUGAAACUUGAAACGUUGACUUUCAAACCGCGACUGUGGUUCGGCGUUCGGCGCUCGACUAUUUGUAGCUCAUACUACCUACUAUCUCUAUCGACAAUAUUCCAAACAUCAUUUGUGGUCUUGAAAUGCAUAAACUUAAUAGUAUAUUGUUUUAGCUUAAAAGCGAACUUCCGAGUCUGCAGUUUCUUGUCAUUUUAGUUCACUUUUCUUUGCUAGUAGUCGAGCAUGGCCAAUGGCACUAGUACUGCUGGCGCCACUGUGCCAAAGACACCUCCCCAUGGCAUUGAUUCUGGGUCUGAGCUCAAAUCCACCCUGCUUGCAGUUGGCUCUGCUGCUGUCAGCGAACAUAUCAGUACUCUGACACUAUUUGCUGAUUGCCUCAAAGCCGUCCUGCUGAUCUGCAACAAGGGCAAAGAUGCUCAGGCCAUCAAGAAGAAUCUGGGUGAUCUUGUGAAAAGCAGAGUAGAAGAUCAGAUGUACAAGCCUUUUAUCCAGGCUUCAAACCUUGCACUUGACCGAUUGAGCAAACUGAAUGCACCUGGACUGGUUUGUUCAAAGGGGCAUGACAAUCACAAGAUCCUAUUUCAUCAAAACGAUCCAAAGAACAUAACCCAAAAGCACCAAGGCAAGAAGUCUAUGUGCAAGCCUGACAUCAUCAUCAUCUCCCACACAGGCACUAAGAAGGUGCAGAAGCAACCAGGUCAAGCCUACAAGUACAAGGAGGCAUUGGAGAAGCCCACCAAACAGUUCCAAUGGACAGACAUUCGAUCAAUGGUAGAGUUCAAACACAAGAAGAUUUGGGCUGGUCUUUCAAAGCCACCUGCAACUUAUGCAGCAAAGGCUUACAAUGUCCCUGAAGCAAAGAAGUAUAUGAAGUAUCAUAGGGAAAUGAACAACACUGCUGAGCCAAUGGGUUUGAUGCCUUUGCCUGGCAGCAGUGCUGCUAUGAGUUUGUGCCAGACAUCAGAUGCAUUCUGGGUCACUGAACAACAAGAAACAUGGCUCUAG